AGUAAUAGCACAGAAAUUGGACAACAAACUGUGAUCGUGGAAGCUGGAAAUUAUGUGAUUCAUGAAGAGUGGGAUAACAUAAAAAUUAUCUAUGAUAUUGCUUUAAUUAAACUACCAAAGGAUCUGGAGUUCAAUCAGUAUAUUCAACCAGCUAAAUUGCCAGAACCCUAUAACCUUUAUGCUGAUAAAAAUGCUGUUAUCUCGGGUUGGGGCAGAGCUAAUGGUGGUUUUUAUCCUUCGCAUUUGCAAUAUGCGAACGUUAUAACUUUAUCGAAUGAGGAAUGCAAGCGUAAAUUUCCUUCUAAAAUAAAGUUUUUUUCACACUGGCUAUGUACCGCGACCAAUAACAGUGCUGCAGGGAGUCGAGACUCUGGUGGUCCACUGGCAGAAAGGAACGCUGACGGCUCUAGUACUGUGAUUGGUAUCGUAUCGUUUGGAUCUUCGGAUUACCUUUCCUAUUCCCCAGAUGUAUUUACUCGGGUUUCAUAUUUCCUUAACUGGAUCGCUCAACACAUCAACGAGUGA